AUGGUGCCCAAUAUAGGAUUUGUUCACAUGAGUUGCCUCACAGUGUUCUGCUCUGUUUUCUUUAUUGCUUUUGCAAAUAAUCAGGGUAAGUAUACAUUUCUAUUGAACUGUGUGGGACUUACUUUAGCAUAGAUAUGGUUAGAAUUGCGGAAGCUCAGAUGAGUGACAGUGGAGAGCAGGCAAAGUCAGAGCGGAAGGAAAUGUAUUUAUUACCAAAGUAGUUCAUUAAUGUGUGGGUGGAUCAGGCAUUUUAGUUUUGGGGUAGGGUUGGUUCUUAUGUGGGUGUAAGAUGGAAAGUGAGGAGAGAUGAAAAAAGCAUAUCUGCUUGAAGAUCUCUCUCACACACACACAUAUAGUACACACAUGUAGGCACACAAUACACCUCAGGGCAGAUGGAUACUUGAAGAAGAUUAGUUAGGUACCAUAAACAAAUAACGUAUUACAGUAGGGAGCAUUUGUGUCCACUGAAGAUGAUACAAAAACAACUAUGAGAUAUAAAACAAAUCAUGAAGUUCCCAGAAACUGCAGCAAACAGGAAUGAAACUACCAUGAAAUUACAUGAACAAGCAGCUACAUGAACAGGCUCAACGGAAGCUGAAAUGAGCAGGUGUCAGACUUCAGGGACUCUGCUUCCUCCCCUCUUGGCUGUAGUUAAGCAGUACAAAGAGAAAGUAGUCUCUUACCAGUUACAGAAAUGUUUAAUGUACGGAGCAAAAGAGCAAGCGAUCAUUCUCAGAGUGCAGGUGAUCCCAAUUAAGGUUCUGUCCACUUCCCUCUAGUCACAUCCGUCCUCUCGCCUCCUAGCCACCUGAUCUCUCAACCUUUGAGCCUUUUGCGCAGUCACCUUAUCUAAUCUCAGAGCCUGCACAACUUCCAGUGAGAGAGUGUCAGCUAGUUCACUCUCUUCCCAUUCUUCUUGCUGUUCACCUCCUAGUUCUGCCCAACCAUUGUCUUCCGAACUGUGCCCCUCAGCAAACCAUUGUUCCAAAGCAACACUACUCCACUGCUCCUGUGGAGUUUCAGGGUCCUGGCCAUGAGCAGGGGAGGGGUAGGCUCCCACCAUUCCUCAUCAGAGUUGUACUCCUCAACCCAGUCUCUGAAAGCAGGUAAGCAAUAGAGAAUCACAUCCCCACCAGGGGUAAACAUUGGUGGUGGAAACUGUGUUGAAAAGCCACUUGACAUUAAAAAAAGGAAGCACUUUGCAUAGUUUGAUCUCAUAAAACACAUAUAGGAUAAGCACAUUAAUCCAUGCAGGUAUGCAGCCUCAGAGCCAUACACACACACACACACACACACACACACACACACACUGACCAUUCCUAUUUUUUCUCCCCAGGACGAAACGGGACAUCAGCUGAAAAUUUAUCCUGUGUCAUUUACACAGUUCGUGUUACCUCAAUGAAUUGCACUUGGGAUACUGGCAGGAAUGUUCCUAAAGAUGUCCAGUAUUUUCUAUACUUGAUAUAUCAGUAAUUCAUUUUCAUUUGUUAAAUGGGAGUGGGGAAGGGAAUGGUUAGAGUAUGCUACUCCUGGUUGGGUUUUUAACAAAAUAUUUUUGCAUGCAGCGAAAACGAUGGAGAAGAGACAGAAUGCCCCCAGUACAAAAAUAAUAAACUUGGAAGACAUGUUGGGUGCCAUUUUCCUAAUAUAAAAGUUCCUGGGAAUCAUAUUACCCUCAGAGUGAAUGGAUCAAGCGAAGAAUCACUGGUUCAGCCUUUGGAUCAGCAAUUCUGGCCUUUCAAUCAUGGUAAGAGAAAGAGGGUGGGGUUUGUUUGUUCGUUUACUCACAGUGCAAAAAAUUAGAUAUCUUGAGAUAUAAAUCAGGGAUGGGGAAGCUGUGGACCUCCAAUAUUAUUAGACUCUAAAUCUCUUCACCCCUGAUCACAGGCUAGGCUGGCUGUGGAGUCAAAAAUCCCUCACCCCUUCUCUAGUCCUUUGUUUUAAAAUGCUUGUAAAAUUAAAGAAGCCUCAGAGAUGUAUUUGUCUGCCUGCAUUCACACACCCUGUACUCCUUCAAGACCUCUCAUCUCAAAAUUCCUGGCUAUAAGCCGAGUGACAUCUACCCACAAUGUAUGUGAAUCUAAAAUGCUUAGGAACUGGAAGCAGGGAAGUUCACCACUCAGAUGCCCUUGAAAUUUCACAGCUCUCCACCUGUCAAGUAAAAUACUGGCUAUUUCAUUACAGAAAAACUUACUCCACCAGAAGAUAUCACUUGGAAUUGUCAUGAACAGCCAUGGGGGUGCAAAGUACAGUGGAAACCCCCUCCCUGUGCCUUUAAAGAUAAUGCAGACUACUGCUUUAAGUACGAAAUAAGGGUAAGAAGUUUUUUUUUUUGCUUGUUGAAUAGCUUUUUGGUACCUUUGCUAGUCACAUGCAGAUAUCUGAUGUAGAAAUUCGUGGUGAAAGAUACAUUUCACAUUUUGAAAAUUUGUCCAAUUUCAAAUGUACACAGAAUUUAGUUUGACUGCUAUUUCAUAUCUACCAGGGUGAAUGGUAAUUCUUAGAUAGGUUUUGGUUGGUAGAGAUGGAGUAGCGUACAGUUCUUUCAUGAGUAAAGAAAAUCCUCAGAUAAAAUAGAGCGAUACUUUUCUUGUGGGAUGACCUCCCAACAAAUUCUGCAUUGCAGCCUCGCUUUUCAGUUCAUUUGUUGAGCCUCCCUAUUAGAAAAAGCUUAUAGUAUUUUAUCUGAAUCCAACUAAUGUUUCUCGGCUGUUUUGUUCUCAGUCAAAAGCCAAUGUCUGCAAUCUAGCCUAGAAAGUCCCCGUGCGGAUAGACACAUCCUCUUUCAUGGUGAUGUCAAGGUUGCAAUGUGUGAGCUACAUUGACCGGCAUAUACCAUCACCCCAAACAUGUGGGUGCAUCAAUGUACCCAUGUGCAGAAGCAUCCUGCAACAAUUUUGGUUUCUGAAAUCUCACCCUUCCUAGCUUCAUACUGUGUGGCUCAGUAUAGGUAUGCAUGCUGGCACACAAAUCCCAGGUCUAUCCUACAUAUUUAAAAUAAUGACUGGAUUGUGGCGAUACAUUUAUUUGCUGAAUUCCUAUAUACAUCACAAGCUGGUCUGCCAAAUCCUUGCACUAUAACAGAGGAGGCAUAUUUGUGGCCCUCCUCUUAGCCCCAGUUAGCAUAGGCCAAUAGAUGACAGGAUCCCCCUACAUCUGGAGGAUCAGAGUUUUCCCACCCUUGGUCUAUAGGAAUACAAAAUGGUUGCCUGGUGCUUUAUGGUCAGCACUUGUGGGAAGCCAAAUACCAUUUUGUAAAGUUUCACAUCUAUUAAUGUAUGGAAAAACGUGAACUUCUAUAACUCAUUCAUCUUCUUUUAAUAUGUAUGUUUAUAAUGUGUGUGUGUGUGUGUGUGUGUGUGUGUGUUACACAAUGAAAAAAAGAGAAGAUUGUGGGGGAAGUUAAUAAUCCACCCACAAGGAAGUCAGCCCUCUGUCCUCCGAUAUUAUCGGUUACUCUUGACUACUUUUGCCUUCCUUGCUAAUUAAGGUAUACAGCCAAAUUUGUGAAAGCUAGCAUACUUUGAAAAAGUACAAUGAAAACCAACUAAAAACGUUACUUUUUUGUCUCUAAGGAUGAAAUCAGAGACCACAUUUCAAAAGUAAGUAUUGUUAUCUUAUAUAAACAUGAGGCAUGUGAACUGAAUUUAAGAAUGGGAGAAUCAUGUGUAUGCUACCUUGGAAGAAAGCUGGGCUAUAAAUAUUAAGAAGGCAGCAUAGUAUUCUUUUUCCACAGCAUUCUGAAAUUAAUUAAUUAAUUAAUUAAUUAAUUAAUAAUAUUUUAUUGCUUAUACCCCACCCAUCUGACUGGAUGUUCUAUCUAGGUGUCCAGAUUUGGUCCAAAAGGGAAAAUAUAGCAAAAAAAUAUCCAGAAUCCUCGAAAGAUGGGAGACAUGAAGUAAAAUAAAUAUUUGGUUUGCAACCUGCUUCAUUGCUUCAGAUUUCAAUGUGAUAUUAUGCUUCAGAACUGAUUACCUUCCAUUUCCAAAGCCUUGGGCGACUUCCGCAUUCUAGCGAAUGGGGAAGUCAACAAGUGCCUAUAAUCUUUUCAUUUUCUGCAUUUAUUUCAACUGUUUAUAUACCGCUUAACUCCUUAGUCUCUAAGCAGUGCCCAAUAAGGUUUAAAAUGCAAGAAAAUAAAAUCAGAAAAAAAUACUUUAAACACCUGCUGAAAUAAAGUCUUUACUGCAUGACAGAAGUUCAAUAGGGAAGGGGUUAUGCUGUGUCUGUCUGUGAUGAAGGCACAGAAACAUAUCAUGGCCACCUCUGAAAUUUCUGCCUGCAGAGGCCAGACUGUUUGGUGCCAUGAAUGCAGGGCUGGUUUAGCUCACACCACACCUGUAGCACUUUACUUGUAUGUUAGAAAACAAAGGAUUGCUGUCUUUGAAGAAAUAAGCUUGAUAUACAGCAAAACAAUUGAAAUGCCCCCUGCACUAGCACUACUUGGGCUUAGAAUCCCGUCUGUUCAUGAUUAUCCUAAAGAUGACCUCUUAGCCUUUCUACUGACUGUUGCUCGUAUGGUUUAAUGUAUGCUUUCAUCUCAUCUAUUCCUUAUACUUUGGAACUCCCUGCCUAUUGAGAUGAAGCAGGUGUCCCAGAAUUACAGACUUGAAGAAGGUGGGAGGGACCCCAAGAGUCAUCUAGUCCAACCCACUGCAAUGCAGGAAUCUUUACCCCAAUGUAGGGCUCAAACACACAACCCUAAUAUUAAGAGCCUCAUUUAAUCCGUUUCAGUAUGUUUUAAAACAUGCCUGUAAUUUUUUCUUGAUUUUCUUGUUUUAUCUUUCUUAACUGUUUGAGGUUUGUUUCCUUUUACAAUCAAGUGGUGUGUGUAAGUUUAUGAAAUAAUAAGUUGAUGAAUAUGAAUUGGCAUGCUAUUUCACCAACAAAGACAUAAAGCAGAUUAAUGUUCUACUUUUAGUUAGCAAGCGGAGAAACCCACCAAAAUUACACGGUACGUAGGAAAUACUCAUUGAGGCUCCGUGCAGCUGGACAGUAUUGUCCCAUUGGGACACAGUGGAGUGAGUGGAGUAAACCAAUUGUGUUUGGUAAGAUUACGGAUUUAUUUAUUUAUUUUUUCCAUUGGCCCUUUCUCUGUUAUUUUCUCUACUGGCUAACUCAGGGGAUUGUGUGCCUCUAUCAGCCUGAGAAACAAAGCCAUCCAAAAAUGUUUAUAUAUAUAUCUAUUCAGAGAACUCCCUCAGCACGCAGAACAAUAUAAAUUUGUAGAUUAAAAUAUUUUUUUUGAAAGAAAACAGCCCAUACUUCCAAGACUUCCAGCUUCUAGGACUUACAGAAAGUUUCUGGCAGUUGAGCCUUACAGACAUCAAAAAUGAUAUUAGUGUCAGUCCCCCUGUUGCUUAGAGAUGGAACUUUAACAACAACAACAACAACAACAAUUUAUUUAUUUAUUUAUACCGCCCAUCUGGCUGGGUUUCCCCAGUCACUCUGAGCGGCUCCCAACAGAAUAUUGAAAACACGAUAAAACACCAAACACUAAAACUUCCCUAAAAUGGCUACCUUCAGGUGUCUUCUGAAAGUCAGAUAGCUGUUUAUUUCCUUGACAUCUGAUGGGAGGGAAUUCAACAGGGCGGGCGCCACUACCGAGAAGGCCCUCUGCCUGGUUCCCUAUGACCUCACAGUGAGCGAACUGCCAGAAGACCCUCAGAGCUGGAUCUCAGUGUCUGGGCUGAAUGAUGGGGGUGGAGACGAUCCUUCAGGUAUACUGGGCUGAAGCCAUUUCAGGUUUAGAGGUCAGCACCUACACUUUGAAUUGUGCUCGGAAACGUCCUGGGAGCCAAUGUAUGUCUUUCAGGACCAGUGUUAUAUGGUCUCGGCGGCAACUCCCAGGCACCAGUCUGGCUGCUGCAUUCUGGAUUAGUUGGUUUCCAAGUCACCUUCAAAGGUAGCCCUAUAUAGAGUGCAUUGCAGUAGUCCAAGCGGGAGAUAACCAGAGCAUGUACCACUCUGGUGUAAGGCUACCAGAUUUUUUCCAAUGAAUCCGGGGACACUUUUCAAUUUUAGUGGAAUUUGUAUGGGGACUGAUUUGUAAAUCCAGGGACUGUCCUCGGGAAACGGGGACAUCUGGUAACCUUACUCUGUUGAGACAGAUCAGCUGAUGGACUGCUAUACGUGUGUGCUUAUAUAAGACUGAUGCCAGAUUUGCAAAGCACCAUCCUGGUUCUUCCCCAAAAACACUACUCUGGAAGCCCCCAUCCCAGCAAGCAAUGUGGACAGAGCCAAGUGGCAAGAGAGGCUGUGGUUGUUACCAGGUCUGGUGCUCUUUUAAGGACCAGAACUUUAACAAUUGACUGCCCUGAUCCCCAAUAACCUGGUUGGAAGAGGGAAACAAAGAGUGCUGUUGGGGGGAGGUGCCACUAUUGACAUAGCAUAUUUUUUUGCUUACCUUUUAAGUGCUGAGCUAGGCAGCUGUAGCUGCCACUAUCUUCUUUCCUUGCAGUGCAUCUGGGUCACAAUGUCAUGCCCCUAGAGGAACAUUAUAUUUGGAGGCAGGUUCAAAGGCUUUAGCCUCCUGGAUUGACACUUUCCCUUUCAGCACUGGGACCUUAAGAGUUGUAAAUAAAUUAAAAUCAUGCCAGCAUUGUUGGUGCCUGGCCCAACCACAUCACAAGCUGAUGCUGGGCUUGGGUUUAUGAUACACUUAGCAUUAAUGCCUUCCUAUCUUUUCAGGUACUGACCUCAAUCCAUUUCCUACAGAAUUAUUAAUACUUGUAGUACUUGGGACCGUCAUAACAAUCUUGCUCCUCAUUUUGAUCUGGAAAAGGUAAAACACAAUGACCCGCCAUUUUCACCUGCUAGCAUUUUUAAUUACCAUUGUUCUGAGAUUUGACAAGCCUGCGUAUUCUUUGUUAGGAUUUUAACCAAAAGAUCUGAAAAAUUCAACAUUUCUAGAAGACCUGAAAACACUAAAUGAAAAUCUAACAUAUUAAUAUUAUAAUCAAAAUGUUGAAUAGAAGGAUCUGUUAAAGAUUUAAGACAAUGCAGUACAUAUAGUGCAUAAUUCAAUCUACGUCCUAUCUGUAAAUGGGCGAGUGGUCCCCUUCCCUGCAUGAAGCUCUCCAUCUGCAGGCAAGAGGAUAUGGAUUAGGGAGAACAGGAUUUGAGACCCUGGUCAAAGCACCACAUUUUCCUUCCUGCAGAUUCCACAUAUGGAGGUGCCUAACUUUUCCAGUUCCACAACCAAAAGAUGUUCUUUGGCAACAUGAGAAUGUGGUGAGUUCUAGAAUGCCUUGAAUGCAGUAUUCUGCCAGUUUUUAAAACAAUUUAUAGAUGAAUGGCUGUAAUUCACAAAGUAAUGCUAUGUGAUUGUUUACUGCCACACAGAAGGUGCCAUGAAAUUGCUGCUCUAGCAGUUUCCCCCCAUUCGUAAAGAUGUUUGUGUGCUAGAAUUUUAUCUAGUGUAGUAAAAUAUUUCCACACUUGUGUAGUAGUAGUAGUAGUAAUAAUAGUAAUAGUAAUAAUAAUAAUAGUAGUAAUAAUAAUAAUAAUAAUUUUUUAUUUUUUAUUUAUACCCCACCCAUCUGGCUGAGUUUCCCCAGCCACUCUGGGCGAUUCCCAAUCAAAUGUUAAAAACAGUACAGCAUUAAAUAUUAAAAUCUUCCCUAAACAGGGCUGCCUUCAGAUGUCUUUUAAAGAUAGGAUAGCUGCUUAUUUCCUUCACAUCUGAAGGGUGUUCUACAGGGUGGGCGCCACUACCGAGAAGGCCCUGUCUGGUUCCCUGUAACCUCACUUCUCGCAAUGAGGGAACCGCCAGAAGGCCCUCGGCGCUGGAUAUCAGUGUCCGGGCUGAACGAUGGGGGUGGAGAUGCUCCUUCAGGUAUACUGGGCCGAGGCCAUUUAGGGCUUUAAAGGUCAGCACCAAUACUUUGAAUUGUGCUCGGAAAUGUACUGGGAGCCAAUGCAGAUCUCUCAGGACCGGUGUUAUGUGGUCCCGGCGGCGACUCCCAGUCACCAGUCUAGCUGCCGCAUUCUGAAUUAAUUGCAGUUUCCGAGUCACCUUCAAAGGUAGCCCCACGUAGAGCGCAUUGCAGUAGUCGCAAGUGGGAGAUAACUAGAGCAUGCACCACUCUGGAGAGACAGUCUGCAGGCAGGUAGGUUCUUAGCCUGCGUACCAGGUGGAGCUGGUAGACAGCCGCCCUGGACACAGAAAUAACCUGUGCCUCCAUGGACAGCUAUGAAUCCUGAAUGACUCCCAGGCUGAGCACCUGGUCCUUCAGGGGCACAGUUACCCCAUUCAGGACCAGGGAAUCCCCCACACCCGCCCGCCCCCUGUCCCCCAAAAACAGUACUUCUGUCUUGUCAGGAUUCAACCUCAAUCUGUUAGCCGCCAUCCAUCCUCCAACCGCCUCCAGGCACUCACACAAGACCCUCACUGCCUUCACUGGUUCUGAUUUAAAGGAGAGGUAGAGCUGGGUGUCAUCUGCAUACUGAUGAACAACCAGCCCAAACCCCCUGAUGAUCUCUCCGAGCGGCUUCAUAUAGAUAUUAAAAAGCAUGGGGGAGAGGAUGGAACCCUGAGGCAUCGUGUAUGAACGAUGGAAGUCUCCAAACACUGUAACCACUUCCCCAAACCUAUCUGUGUGGUCAUAACAACAAAAAAUGUAAGAGUUUCUAGUUAUAAUGGGUGGGAUUCACCUAUCUAGCUCCAUCAGUGGAAGGCCAGUGUAAGAAACUAGUAAUUUUACUGACAUUUUAGUGCCAAGGAUAGUUGUUUAAUUUCAUCUAAAAGAAAUGGGACUUUCAAGUAAGUUUUAACUUAAUUGGAGUUAUUGAAACCAUAAUAAUUCUACCCUGCCCAUCUGGCUGGGUUUCCCUAGCCACUCUGUGGAAAUUAGAAACAGGGCUGAACUGAAAAUAUAUUACAGAGGAAAAGCUGCAUUGCAAAAAGAGUUUGCUGCAGCUUCCAUUUGUCAUUUUCUAAAUGUUGGAGGAACCGUGGAAAGCUUAACCACCAGCACAGUAUUCUUCAAUACUGGCUAUGCUAGCAGAACUUUGUUAUGAGCUGUAAUAAAGAAGUGAAACUGAAGUGGUCACAAGCCUUAGGAAUUAACCUUAAGGGGAUUUUUCUUUUCCCUUUUUGUAGAAAACAUGGGUGGACCUGAAGCCAGCAGCAGAUGAAAAAAUAACAGUGGUUGAAGAAAUGAAUUGUGAACUACAAAAACAAUGA